AUGUCCACCAACGAGAAUGCUAAUUCACCAGCUGCCCGCCUUAACAGAUUCAAGAACAAGGGGAAAGACAGUACAGAAAUGAGGCGGCGUCGAAUAGAAGUUAAUGUGGAGCUGAGGAAAGCGAAGAAGGAUGACCAGAUGCUGAAAAGGAGAAACGUAAGCUCGUUUCCCGAUGAUGCUACCUCUCCACUGCAGGAAAAUCGCAACAACCAGGGCACUGUAAAUUGGUCAGUUGAUGACAUUGUCAAGGGCAUAAAUAGCAACAAUUUGGAAAGCCAGCUCCAGGCUACUCAAGCUGCUAGGAAACUGCUUUCUCGGGAAAAGCAGCCCCCCAUAGACAACAUAAUCCGGGCUGGUUUGAUUCCAAAAUUUGUGUCCUUCUUGGGAAAAGCUGAUUGUAGUCCCAUUCAGUUUGAAUCCGCUUGGGCUCUCACCAACAUUGCUUCCGGGACAUCAGAACAGACCAAGGCUGUGGUCGAUGGAGGCGCGAUCCCAGCGUUCAUUUCCCUGUUGGCAUCUUCCCACGCCCACAUCAGCGAACAGGCUGUGUGGGCUCUAGGAAACAUUGCAGGUGACGGUUCCGUUUUUCGAGACUUGGUUAUCAAGUAUGGUGCAGUUGAUCCGCUUCUGGCUCUCCUCGCGGUUCCUGAUACGUCAUUGUUAGCAUGUGGCUACUUACGUAACCUUACUUGGACACUUUCAAACCUUUGUCGCAACAAGAACCCUGCACCCCCGCUAGAUGCCGUCGAGCAGAUUCUUCCUACCUUAGUUCGUCUCCUGCAUCACGAUGAUCCAGAGGUCUUAGCAGAUACCUGCUGGGCCAUCUCCUACCUGACGGAUGGUCCAAAUGAAUGA